GACAACAGAAACAAUCGUUACCGGAAAAGAUUUCGACGGUCAUUUAUUCAAUUAUUAUUAAAAUGAGCUAUUUUUCAAAGUAUUAACUGGGAAAUUACUCCAUAAACUUAUAAUAAAUAAAGAGUUAAUCGAAAAUGGUUACUUUCAUAAUUGCACAAAUUGGUCGACGAGCACUCUUUUCAAUGUUCUUGUGUUAUAAAAACGUUAAUCUAAAUUUUAAUGUGCAGGCACUCCGAACACUACUAACACUAACACCAUCGUCAAAAAGCCAAGCUCAAAGGAGGCAACUGUCCUUUGUUCGGUAUGACAAGGUCAAGAGAUUUCAUCCCAGUAGAGGUAUAUCAGUAUGUCACACACAUACAUCAAAGUCUAGGUGAAUAAUAAAUAAAAAUUAAUUUUGAAGAAGAGUUGGUUAACUUCUGUUAAAAAUUAGUAUUAGUUUAUUAUUAGUAUUAGGUACCUGGUACUUACUUUGACAUAGAUCAUAGAAUAGAGGCUAGAGGGGGCAUCCAUAAUUAAUUAAUUUUUUUUUUUUUUUUACAAACCAAAAGUGUGGACAGCCAGUAAUUAUUCUNCCCCUUUUUUAAAUUAAAUUUCUAUUAAAGUUUUUCACGUAAAAUGAGAUAGGCAAAAUAUUUAUUUAUCUAGAAAGUUUUGAUUUUGAAAAUACCGAAACUUAUAACAUACUUAGUUGUAAUUAUAUAAAUUAAUUAGACACAACAAAACAUUUAAAUAAGUAUAAAUUAAAUUCACAUAAUAUAUAUAUAUACAUAUAAUAUAUUAAUAUUAUGAUAUAUCAUACCUAAAAAAAAAAGGAGAAAAAAUAAGAGUGGGCGCAAAAAACCAGACAGAAACAAAGUAUAGAAGAAUAAAAAGGAAGUGACUUGGAGUAAAAUGUAAAACACCAAACAGGAAAAAUACAUGGCAGUUACGUAAAUUGUGGAUUUGGUUUAUCCUGUAUGGAGUCAACGUACCAAAUCUUGUUAUCAAUUUAUUCUCCAUAUAGAUCCGAUCCGGUGUGUUACUAGUAUACAGUAUACCAGUAACUGUGAUGUCUAACAUUCCAUCAUGGUUAGUGCUAUUGAAAUGUUUGGAGACAGGACAGAGAGACUGUUUAUUUAUGUUAUAGAGGUGUUCUCUAAACUGGUCUCCAAGGCGACGACCUGUCGCUCAUGCAUAUAAUUUACAGCACUUUUUACAAAGGAUGGUGUAAAUCGCGUUGCGACUUGUGCAGGUAAAGCCAUCUUUUAAUCUGAAUAUUUCCAGAGGGAAAGUGAUCUUAUCAACUUCAAUCACGUAGGGACAUGUGUUACAACGGCUACAGUUGCAACUUUUGGUGGCUUUAUGUGCUUUAAUAGCAGGGAGGUGGCUUCUAACUAGCAUGUCCCUAAGAUUCUUGUAAUAUUGACACAAAUUGUUCGUGUCUAAUUAAUCUAUUUUAAAGCUUUAUCACAGUCCAAAACUUUUUAUUAUUGUAACAUACAAUACUUCUGUCAGUGUGCACAUCCAGUACAAAUGAACCAUUUUGAUUGCCAAAAGAAGUUACAUGUGUGCCAUUGUAAUUCAAUUUGAAUUCAUCAUGUGGGUCUUGGGUUAGUUUGAAUUUGAGACCCUAGAAUGAAUGUUUUCUUAAAAAUACAAUAGAAGUGAUCUUGUAAGUUACUCCUGUAUAUGUUUCUUAUGAUUGUUUAAAUUAUAUAAAUCUAUGUUAAUUCAGACCUCACAGUACACCAGUAUACCUUAUUACGUCCUUUUAAAAGAUUGCUUAAAAUAUUAAAUAUUGGGGGGGAGGGGGGGGGGAAAUCUCCACUUAGGAUAAUAUCCACCAAAAGUAUUUUAUCAUUGACUCAUCGGCUUAAACAAGCCAUUUGGAUAAUAUCCACCAAAAGUAUUUUAUCAUUGACUCAUCGGCUUAAACAAGCCAUUUGUCAGAUUAUUUCUAUAAAAGUUUAUUGGCAGGAAAACUCUUUGUUGAAUUCAUUACUUUAUAUAAUCUUUGUUUCCUAUUUUUUUUAAAGUUACAAAUAACCCACAUGCAGGGGUCAAUAUUUUUAAAAUAUUAGAGUGUAUACUUUUUGACUACCCAUAAAAGUUGAAGGUGUGAUUACCUAAUUAUCAUAUUUUAUUUUACAGCUGUUCCGCCAUUGUGAUCAACGGAAAGGCCAUAGCACAAGAUAUAAAAGAUGAAAUUAAAGCUGAAGUUGAAUGCAUUGUGGAAUCUGGAAAAAGAGCACCACGUCUUGCAGUUCUCUUAGUUGGCAAUGAUGCAGCAAGUAUAGUCUAUGUGAGAAAUAAAGCAAUUGCUGCUCAUUACACAGGUAUUUAAAAAAAAAAAUGAUGAUAAUCUUUCUCAUUGAUUAAGGAACUCACACUUGAUAAACAAAGUCAAAUUUAAUAAACAAAUCACUAUUCCACCAGCUCUCUUAACCCUUUUGGCUUAACUCUCAAGGUACGUUGUCUUGACUAUUCGGGCACGGCUGGUCGAUGGAUCAUUAAUUGAUUUUUUAAUCACAUUUUUACAUACCAAAGUUAUUUUGAACGGGCAAGUAAAAUUUUUUGGAUAAAUUUUUUUAAAAAAUCAAUUUUAAGAGUAAAUUUAGAUUUUUAAUUUUAAAAAUGUAUCCCCAGCAUCGUGCUUUUUUUGUUAAUGACGCUAUUUUCGUCUGCCAUAUUGCCAAUCCUGUUAAAGUUCGGCGAAGGGUGGUUGCAAUCACUGUGACAAACAGGCUCCGAAUUUAUCUUCUAAUGUUGUUGUUGAUUAUAUUUAAAGUCAAAACGUGAUAAUAGUCCGAUAAAAACAAGAAAAAGACUUGAUUGCUGAUGAUUUUGUAUAGUUUCACCAGAUCAAAAGUGUGCUAUCAAUGGUAAGAUUUUUUUCUUUGUUACGGCGGGUCUAAAACAUCUCAAAUUUUGUGGAAUUAAUGGAAAAAAAUACGUUUACAUUGAUAUACUGUUACAUUGAACUACAUAAUUAUUGAAAUUAAGUAUUUACGCUUAUUUGUAGUCAUUUAUAAUUCCAGUAUAUCAAGUGUAUAUUUUAUUAUUAUUUUUUUUCAUAGGCAUAGUUGUUCGACAUUUCCUUUGUUUACAUUGGAUACGCUUAGAGGAGGCAAUGAUUUUUAGGUCUAUAUUUUAGUCUGGAUUUAAAACAGCUCUUAAUUUUGAAUUUUUAUAAUUUUUAAUGGAAUAAUGUAUUUAGUUUUGUUCAGUUUUUUUUAAAUUAUAAGACCUAAGCUUAUAUGUAAUGCUUAUAUUUGAUUAUAAUUUCAGAGUGUCAGAGUGGUGCCUAGGAUAUUGGACAACCCAAUCAUCAUGACAAUGCUAUUCCUGUGAUAUGACCUGAGCUAACUACUGAAACCUGUUCAAAACAAGACAAGAUAAGGAGUACAUUCAUCUUUAUCUCUUUUCAAAUUCAGUUUCCAUCAAUAAGGCUGGAGAUGCUUUGUAAAUGUACACAACAAUUGCAGCUGCAAUGUCAUGGCAACUUAGCCAAAUUGAUUUUAACACUGUACAUUCCAACUGAUAAACAACAAUUCUAAAAUUCAUUGGACUCAUAACCUGCAAGCCCCACUUGUGUGAUCUGUUACUGGAUAUAAAGGAGUUUAUUCACUGGAUAAUGGAAGUCAUAAAUUGUUUUAGGCCAACAUACAUACCUAUAACUAUUUAGUAAGUUUCUAUGACAAAAAAAAAAGUAAACUGCUGAUAAGCAGGUACAGUUAAUUUCAUCUUUACCUGAUGAAAAGUAAGUGCAUGCAAAUAUUUUACUGGAUCGAGUAAAAUAAAUAAUCAUAAGGAGCAGGAGAGAAUACAUAAAUACAUACUCAUUUCAUAAAUGUAACACAAUAUUGGUAUGAAUAACACAACAGUAAAGAACUAUUGGCCCUGGCAAGAUUCAAUAUCUAAACAAUAUAAAUGGUUCUGUCUUUUUAGUUAGCUAAGCUAAAUCUAACAGCUGUGUCUAGUUGAUUGGAAUGUGAUAAAGUUAGUGGGUAAAAGAUAUCUGCUUUGGAAAAAAUGCAAAUAAUGUGGACAACAAUUAGAAUAGUAGAAGAAAACAACAGCGGCCAAGACUGGUAAGAGACUUAUUCUUUCAUUUUAAUUAAUUUUCUAGUGUUGGGUUUAUAGUCAUAUUUAUUUUAAUCUGAUGAAAAUAAAAUGCUUAUCUUGAAUAAUUAAAAAGAUCUUAUAGCUUUAUUCUUUUUAGUUCCUUAGUAGAAUUAAUAAGGCAGUGAAAAUCUUUUUUUGACAAUGCUUAUGUUUCUGCCGCAGCAUUAUAAAUGAUUAUAACAUAGCAAUAACAUGUUAAAACUGCAAUGGUUAUAUACAAUAAAGAUAUAAUAUAAUUUGAAAAUCUUUAUUAGGUUUAUAAAAUAAAGAGAAAAAUUUGUCCUGCCAUUGUUAUAUAAAUGUGUUUUCUCAAAAACAGUAGUGGUCAUAUUUCAUACUGAUAUGUUUAUUUGAACCCAAUGUGGUAUAUGUUUAAUAAAAAAUAUGUAAAAUUUAUCCACCUUCACUUAUAUUAUUUGCUAAUAAUAAUUGUAUUUCUCUCAUGAAGUACUUACCUGGUUUUCUUUAACUUUUUUAAAAAUUAAAAAUAUAAUUUAAAAAAUGCACUAUUUAAAAAAAUAGUAUGAAGUAUUAUUAAAAGUGGCAUAAUUAAUACAAAUAAUGGUAAAAUUGCUUGAAAUUUGUAUAUGUGUUUUACAAAUGAAUGCCAUUGAUUAAAUAUAACAAUAAUUUGAACUUAAGACUAAACACUUAUUUUUUUGCUUCUACCUGUUUGUGGUAUGUUUGCAUUUUUGGGAAAAUGUAGCACACCUAAAAACUUAAUCUUUUGGCCAUAAAUAAAAAAACAUAAUCAACUGUGAUCUCAUAAUUGGUAUCAAAUAAUAGACCAUUCAAUUCUGAAUCCAGUGAUAUAUAACAUGUUAUUACUGCUAAGUUAUUCACUGAACAACCAGCCAGAUUGUAAAGGUACCUAAUGAGAGAGAAAAAAUGGCAGAAAACCAAGAACAUUUAUGUGUUAAAUCAUUCUUUUCCCCAUGAAUGGAAUGCUAAAAUGAAAACUUGAAUGAUACUACCCAUUACGGUUGAGUCAUGAGAUAAAAGUUCACAAAAAUAACAUUGGACUAAUUUUUUCUUCUUCAGCACAGCACUAUAUUUUUGUUUGACUUAUUCAAAAUAACAGGGAUUGCAUGUGACAUUUUGCGCAUCCCAGAAAAAGUAUCAGAAGAAGAAGUUCUAAGAGAAAUUGAUCUGCUGAACCGUUUAGAGGAAGUUGAUGGUAUAUUGGUUCAGCUGCCUUUACCACCCCAUAUAAAUGAAAGGACUAUUUGUGAUGCAGUUUUACCCGGAAAAGAUGUUGAUGGGUUCAAUGUUCUAAAUGUUGGGCGUUUCUGUGUAGACCAGAAAGCAUUUAUACCUGCAACGCCAUCAGGAGUUUUAGAAAUUCUCAAAAGAUUAAGUACGUUUCAAAGCUUUACAAAAUUCUUUGGAUACUUCUUACAUUUUUAACACAUUAUUAAUGUUGUUUUUUAGUCACGUAAAUAAGAUAUUUUUUAUUUUAAAAUGUAUUAAUCCCCCUCUUCCAGUUGUUAAGUAAAUUAAGUGACCCAGACAAAUGCAAAAAUAUGUUUACUAAGUUAACAGAUUAAACCAGCCAUGAAACUUAAAAUUCAGGAAUUAUGUGUUAAGGCAUUAUUCAGUAUUCAUUCUCCAAUUCAACAGAAAUAGAAACCCGUGGAAAAAAUGCUGUUGUAUGUGGUAGAUCUAAAAAUGUUGGCUUACCAAUUGCCAUGCACCUUCAUUCAGAUGGAAAAGGUGACAACAAUGCAGGUAUGGUAACAAAAAAAACAAAAAAAGUAAGAAAAUGCUCAUCAUUCAUCAGACAUCUAAUAGAUCAUUUUUCACAACGGAUAUUUACUGUAGAUUGCAUGUUAUAUUUAUUGGAAAUAGAGUGCAAUCUUUAUGCUAGAAUUGAAAAUGUUUCAGACAAAAUAUAAUAAGUGGGGAGAGACUGUAAUCAGGUUUAAGUGGAAGGAAAUGUCUGAAAUGAGGUAUGGUAAAACAUGAAAAAGUAUGAAACAAAACAAUGAACAUGUUCGCAAGAAGAAAGCGUACAAACAAAGUCUAACACAAAUAUGAAAAAUAAACUGUGGCUCAAUACCCUGUUUCCCACAUUUCCAUUACGAUGAAAUAUCUUUGAAAAAAAAAUCAAAAUUAAAAUGAUUCUUUUAAAAAUUAUAGUUGCUUUCACAAGGGUAGAGUUGUGUUUGUAUACAACACACUUGAUUUAGAAGUGAUUCAAAAAAAGUUAAAUAUUUAGUUGAUGUCAAAAUGUGUUAAGCCUGCUACCAUUAUAAAAAAUUAAAGAUUUAACAGUGUUCAAUCCCUGAUUUUUCUUCCUACUUAGAAAGUACAAAAUAAUUAUUUCAGGUGACGCAACAACCACAAUCUGCCACCGGAACACUCCCCCAGAUCAGUUGAUGCACUUCAUUAAAUCAGCUGAUAUACUGGUGACAGCUACAGGUGUUCCAGGUCUUGUGACAGCAGACAUGGUCAAAGACGGUGUCAUUGUCAUUGAUAUUGGUAUCACUCGAAUCAUUGAUGAGAAUGGAAAACCUAAGCUGGUAGGAGAUGUGGAUUUUAAAGGUAAGUCCUUCAAAGUAAAAUCUUGUUAAAAAAAUAAAUGUUGUAUACACAGUGGUACCUCGGUAUACCUCCGCUUUGGAUUAAGUCCAACUUGGUAUGCUUCCUGUUUGGACGAGAAACAUUUUGCUUGGUGUAAGACCUUCGUUUAGAAUACAACAUGCGUGCGUGCUAGAACUUGUAUGUGUCACAAUGACACAUCGCGCAUGUGAUACUUGUACGAGUCACAACACCGCGCAAUACUCUUGUUUACCUCUCAUGUAUGUUAAUACGGCAGUUGCUACCAUACAGUGAACGACUUGUGCAAUAACUGAAUUUUCUCAGUGCAUGUUGAAAAAUUGCUUUAGAUCUGGAUACCAGUGUUAAAUUUUCAUUUAUUUCACCUAAGUUCUUUUUAUUUAUGUAUUUUAGUAUUAAGCAGUGUUUAAAUUAUUUUAUACAACCACGUCAAUAAAUGUAUAAUAUGCCAAUAACAAUGUGAUUUUUUUUCUCAUGGGAAGGGAUUAAUCAUCUUCCCUUUAUUUCUUAUGAGAAAAAUACGUUUGGUAUAAGUCCAAGGAUCAGGAAUGGAUUAAGGACGUAUACCGAGGUACCACUGUAAUUAAAAGAAGUGCAACCUGUGUAGAUCACUUGGGCACAUAUGAACCCACUCCCUGCACGCUUCCUUUUUUCUUGUCAAGACACAUAAAAAUGAAAAUAAAUUUCACACAAUAAAAAAUAAAUAGUAAAAUACCAAAUUUAUUGUUAUAUUUUAUGUGUUACAACUAUAAUAUAAUUUAAUUAAAUUUUCAAAUCAAAUUUUUUUUACAGGUGUAUCUGAAAAGGCAAGUUACAUAACACCUGUACCUGGAGGAGUUGGUCCUGUCACUGUUGCCAUGGUUAUAAAAAACACACUUACAGCUUACAAGAAAGAGUAUGAUUAUGGCCCAUGGAAUAAAGCAAUGUCACAUAACAGAUAAUAUUUAAAACAUCUAUUUUUUAAUUCAUUUAAAAGUUUCAGAAAAAAAUAUCAUGAAUGUAGGAUCACUUGAUAUAUGGGAAAUGAAGUAUCUAAGAUCAACGGCAUAUACUUUUUAAUUAUUUGUUCCAUAUGAUGGAGUUAAGGAUAACUAAUGUAUAAUUUAUUGACAUCCCUUGUAAGUGAGAUUUACAUUGAUAAAAUUUGAUCUCAUUAUUUUAUUGUAUUAAAAUACCAUGUGCCAUAUUGAAUAUGUUUUCCCAUCUCUUUAUCUCUCAUUGGAAAAUAAGGGUUGACAUCAAAAAAAAAUUAUAUGAUUUGUUUUUAAAGUUUAUAAUGACACCACUGGGUUGAUAUUUUGAGCGUUAAAGUUAUUUUAAAAUAGAUUAAAAUACUUUUUACUUUGUUUAAUCUACAGUAGAGCUGAUAUUUUUUUCUUAAGUACAGCUGUCUUUUUCUCAGUGAAGAAUCCAUAUAUGACGCUGCAAUUAAUAUAAGUUCAAUAUGCAUAAUUUCUGGGAAUUAAGGUUGGUAACAGAUGGGCAUCCUAUCUUAAAGGCAUAGAUUAUUUAUUUAUUUAUUAUCACAAUAAUAGUCCAAGAAUUACUAUUUUGCAGUUUUUCUUUUGGAUUGUACAAAAAAAAAUGUCUGUAGUUCAUGAACUAUUAUUUUCAAAUUAUAAAAUUAAUUUUUAAGUCAUUGUCAGUGACAUCUUAGUUAACAUGACUCUCUGAUGGCCCUACCACUUCAUCCACAUUUGUCUUUGUCAGCUUUUUUAUAUUUAUUGCUUAAAGGCAUCAUAAUUCUGAUGUGAGGAGAUUUGCACUUUGAUCAGAAAUGCUAUAAUGGACGUUAAUUGGUAAAUUUAAUGAUUGUUAUGGAUAGAUGUAUUGCAGUUAUGACAUCAUAUAAAACUUUAAACAAAAAAAUGAUGCCACGAAAUAUGAAAAUGUGUUAAAAUGUUUUUUUAUCUUCAAAGGUUGAUGUACAAUUCAAAAGUGUGUGUUGAAAUUUGCAGAGGUGCUUGGAGAGCAUAUCAUCAAAUUUAGUUUUUUGUCAUUUUUGACUGUAAGUUACAUCAUUGUAAAUAAACAAGGUUGAUCUGCCCUAUUGUAUGCAAUAAAAAAAAAUAAAAUAAAAUAAAAGUCUGAAAAGAAAUUCAUUUUUCAGUGGACGCUAAUAACCUAUUUGGAUGAUAUAUAACUUAGUUUUAGUUAUUGCUUUUGUAUGUGAAGGAGCAAGAAUGAACUUCAAUUUAACAUUUUUAAUUGAAUAAUAAAAAUCACUCUACUUAUUUGUGGUUGUUAUAAAUUCAAAUACAUGUCAUCAGAUAUAUUGUAUUAUACUAAAAUAUUGUACCGGGUAUUAGCAUAUUUUUCUGUUGAAAAUUAUCUGAAAUUAUAACUUCU